AUGUCUCGUCCUUUGUUGAGAACAUCUACCAAAGCUCUUCGUGCUUCUGCUGCUAGAAUUUCUAGCAGAGCUGCUCCAUUGUUGACCCGUCAAGCCGCUGCCCGUGCUUUCACUACUACCAGCCCCAAAUCAUUCGGCGCUCUCCGUGCCUUUGUUAUCCCUCAAGCUCAUAAGGAAGCCAGAGGUUAUAGCUCCAAGAGUUUCCCUCCUCACAAUGUCAUUGCUAUGCCUGCUUUAUCUCCUACUAUGACCGCUGGUGGUAUUGGUAAAUUCCAAAAGGCUGUUGGUGAUGCUAUCAACCCCGGAGAUGUCUUGGUAGAAAUUGAAACUGAUAAGGCCCAAAUGGAUUUUGAAUGUCAGGAAGAAGGUUUCCUUGCAAAACUUUUUGUCAACGAGGGCGAUAAAGACAUUCCUGUCGGCAAGCCCAUCGCCAUCUUUGUUGACGAUGAGUCUGAUGUUGAGGCCUUCAAGGAUUUCACCUUGGAAGAUGCUUCUCCUGCUGCUGCCGCUCCCGCUGCCGAGGAAGCUGCUCCUGCUACCGAGGAAAAGAAGGAAGCUGCACCUGCUACUCCCGCCUCUGAAUCUUCUGGUGAUCGUACCAAGGCAAGUCCUUUAGCUAGAUUAAUUGCAAACGAACGAGGCAUUGACAUUUCUAAAAUUCAGGGUUCUGCACCAGGUGGUCGCAUUGUCAAAUCUGACGUCGAAAACUUCAAGGAAACUAGUGCUCCUGCUACUCCCGCCGCUGCUCCUCUUCCUGCUGCCUACGCUCCUCAAGGCGCUUCUGGCGAUGCUUUCAAUGAUCAACCCACUACUAGCAUGAGAAAGAUCAUUGCUUCUCGUUUAGCUGAAUCCAAGCAAACUGUUCCCCAUUAUUACUUGACUGUUGAGGUCAACAUGGACAAGGUUAGCAAGUUGCGCCAAGUCUUGAACCAAUCUAGCAAGGGUGAAUAUAAGCUUUCUGUCAACGACUUUGUGAUCAAGGCUUCUGCUUUAGCUCUCAAGGCUGUGCCUGAAGUCAACUCUGCCUGGCAGGGUGACUUUAUCAGACAAUACAACUCUGCUGAUAUCUGUGUUGCUGUUGCUACUCCCACUGGUUUGAUCACUCCUAUCAUCGGUCAAGCCGAGACCAAGGGUUUGUCUGCCAUUUCCUCUCAAGUAAAGGACAUGGCCAAGCGUGCUCGUGAUGGUAAAUUAGCCCCUGCUGAAUACCAAGGUGGCUCUUUCACCAUUUCCAACUUGGGCAUGUUUGGUGUCAGCAACUUUACUGCCAUCAUCAACCCUCCCCAAUCUUGUAUUUUGGCUAUCGGUGGUACUCAGCAAAAGGUUGUCGCUGACGAGACUACUAAAAGCGGCUUUGCCGUCCGUGAUGUGAUGGAAGUUACUUUGAGCGCUGAUCAUCGUGUUGUUGAUGGCGCUGUUGGUGCUACUUGGUUGCAAUCGUUCAAGGGCUUCAUGGAGAACCCUCUCAAGAUGUUGUUGUAA